AUGCCUGGUGAAGCAGUCAAAUUCGACGUUCCAAAAGCAGAACCAAGAAAGUCAAAUAUCCGCGUUGGUCCUCGUAAGCAAAGCACUUCCGAUGGCCGUCGAAUAUCAACAGCUCCUCGAAAGUCCGCUCCUUCCACAGUUUAUAAAAGGGGCCAGUCCGUCAUGUCCAACCCAGUUCGCGAAACGAAGAUAAAUGAGCUCGUCGACCAAGAAAUUAUUGACAGUCUCCAAGAUAGUCAAGAUAGACUAACAGAAACUCAAAUCAGUGCUUUUCGCGAAGCGUUUGAAAUUUUCGACAGAAAUGGUGGCGGAUCUAUUGAUGCGACUGAGCUACUCAGCACGCUGCAAGAGUACGGCAUUAAUUUGGACGAAGAUGAGAUUAACGAGGUCAUGAUGACGAUGGACGGCGACGGGAAUGGAGAAGUUGAUUUUGAAGAGUUCCUCUCCUUAAUGACGGAUACAGAAAUGUUCAUCGAGGCUCUAGCGCUGAAGCGAGAUGGAGCCAUGGUGUCCAAUCGUGUGAUUCUCUUCGAUGCGCUCACUGAAUUUAUGAAGAAGCAAGCUCUUAAUAAUGCACAAGAAAUUGUCGGCUACUACGCUAAAAAGUAUCGCAAAGUGGCCAAGAAGAUCGCUGUCGGCAAAGCCGCGCACGUUGUCGGUCAUUACGCGGAGAGUAACCGACUGAUUGGGUUGACCGAUGGUCAGCUCUUCAAGCAGUUGAAACGAAUUCGAGCCGGAGUGGCGAGCAACGAUUCAAAAGACUCUCCAUAUGCUACAUCAAACGUGAAAGAGCUACUUCAGACGAUAAGGGAUAAACCGCAGCUCACGCCGAGGAAACCAUACGUCCUCGGUGGUGCGAGGCUGCCCCACCUAAGUCGACUCAAGCAUUUGACCAAGGUGCCAAUGAUUGUUGCUGUCGAGAAACCAAAGGAUACAACUGCCAAGAUCAGACUCAAGUUCGUAGGCACGAAUCAGACACAGCCAAUCUUGCCUCAGAGGCUGGCCGUUCUCGACAUGAACACAGGGAUACCUAAGCGUCAAAGAUCAAAUAUGGAAGCGCGCGGCGACCGGCCACUCUAUCAUCUGCCCGGUUGGCUACCUCAUCGAGCACUCUGUUACGACGUCGAAAUACCCAUGAGCACCGAGUUCUCGGACGUGUAUCUUGACCAACUUCCUCGACUGAGGAUGGAAGUAGACGAAGCUGUCAAAGAAUUCGAGUCAAAAGUCGAUACAGGAAGAUAUAACAAAAAUAUAAGCAUCUAUCGCUCGCUAAACACGAGGCCUCCAAGAACGUGCCGACUCCAGAAGCAAGUUUAUCGCUCAAUGAUCGCAUAUAGCUCCGCUACUAUGAAUGACCGAAGUGGUAAAACAUCCAUGACAGUUUUAGCCAAAAUUUUCAACGAAGAUCGAAAAGUGAAGCCAAUUAUUACACGACAAACAGCAUUCGGACCGCCAAAGCGCGGACUCUCGGCAAUUCUGUCCUUAUCACGUUGA